AUGUCCAAAGAAGGGGAGGCAAUUCGCGUCGACAAAGAGCUUGAUCUGUCGAACGCCGGACGAGGUGUGUGGCUAGUUAAAGUGCCCAAAUACAUGGCCAACAAGUGGGAAAAGGCACCGGGCAAUAUCGAGGUGGGGAAGCUGAAAAUAUCGAAGCAAGUAGGCCAAAAGGCACAGGUUUCGCUUACCCUUUCGGACGCUGUGAUAAGUAUUGAUGCAACAGAGGAAAUCCCCCGUGACCACCGGCUAGACGUGUCGGUUGUCACCAAGCAAACGCUGGGAGUGUUCUCACAUGCCAUCACGACGAACCGGGAAGAUCCGGUACCCGAAUGCGAAAAGCAGUAUAUGGAGGGGCGCAUUGUGCAGAAGUUGGAAUGCCGCCCGUACGCAGAUAAUUGCUACAUGAAAAUGAAAUUGGAAUCCAUUCGGAAAGCGUCUCAGCCCGCCCGACAGGUGAAAUCGCUCGAGAAAAUCGUGCACAACUACAAACCAGUCUCGGAUCACAAGCACAACAUUGAGGACAGGGAGCGAAAGAAGGCAGAGGGCAAGAAAAGUCGAGACGACAAAAACGCAGUGCUCGACAUGCUGUUCAACGCCUUCGAGAAGCAUCAGUAUUACAAUAUCAAGGAUCUGGUGAAAAUCACAAGGCAACCGAUCAGUUACCUAAAAGAAAUCCUCAAGGAGGUGUGCGACUAUAACAUGAAAAAUCCCCACAAAAAUAUGUGGGAACUGAAGAAAGAAUACAGGCACUACAAGGAGGACGACAAGAAGGACGACGACGGCAUGAAGGACACCAUGUCGGACAGCGAUAGUGACUGAUUGUGAUAU